UGAAUACGAUGUGGAUAAAAUCUUGAAAUCAAAAGAAUAUGGUCUUGUAAUUCUGCGAGUGAAGAACGAAAUUAAAAUGUCACGUUCUGUACAGCCAACUUGUUUGCCAGAACACCGCAUGCCCCGUUAUACGAAAUGUUUUGCUGUUGGAUUUGGGCGUGUAUCAACACGCUUAGAAGAAUUAAAGGUUGAAAAAACAGAACCUACAUUCUGCAAGAAGCAUAAUCCAAGUAGUGGAAACAAUACAUUCUGUUUCAACGACAAACACGACGAGCCACCACACUGUACUUUUCUUGGAGGAAGUUAUGUAACAUGCCCCAAUGAACAUGGCAAGUGGACGGUGUAUGGUAUUGGUCAUCACACUUCAUGUUAUGCUACUGAUUUACAUCCUUCAGUAGCUUUUGAAGUAUAUGAUAUGAAAGAUUGGAUUGAAGAGGAAAUAUAACAUGUUAAAUACAAGAUGUUUGCUACAAUGUUAAUUACUAAUGAUUAAUUUGAUUUAAAUUGAUUUCAUUAACUGCUUAAUUCCACAAUUAAAUUUUGCAAAUUCUAACCAUGUGACUAACUCUCGAGUCUCAUUUGUUGCUUCCUUAUUUUUAUUAUCCUUAUUUGUUCUCUAAAGAUUUAUAUGCCACGUUUAAACAUAUUAAAUUUAUACUUUUAAAAUACUUACAUUAAUCAUAUAUGUUCUAAAUAUCUAAAUAAAAAGAUUAAUUUUCC